AUGGGAUUAGGAAAUGGAAGCUCCCAGGGAGAGUUCAUCCUACUGGGCCUUUCUGACAAGCCAUACCUGGAGAUGCUAUUUUUUGUGUUCUUUCUAAUCUCCUACGUCCUGACAUUGUUCUGGAAUCUGGCCAUCAUUGUGGUCUCACAGCUGGACCCCCAUCUCCACACACCCAUGUACUUCUUCCUCAGCAACCUCUCUCUCCUAGACCUCUGCUACACCACCACCACGGUGCCUCAGAUGCUGGUGAACUUCCGUAGCACCCACAAGUCCAUCUCCUGGGCUGGCUGCAUGGCCCAGCUCUUCAUCUUCCUGUCCCUGGGGUCCACAGAGUGCAUCUUGUUGGCAGUCAUGGCCUAUGAUCGCUAUGCAGCCAUCUGUCAGCCCCUGCGCUAUAUGACCAUCAUGAGCCAUCGCCUCUGCUGGCUUAUGGUGGCUGGCUCCUGGCUGAGCGGCAUCACCAAUUCUACUGUGCAGACUAUCCUGACUUUGCGGUUGCCAUUCUGUGGACAAAAACAGAUCAACAACUUCUUCUGUGAGGUCCCAGCUAUGAUCAGUCUGUCAUGUGCUGAGACCUCCAUCAAUGAGGCUGGGCUCAUUGCUGGUGCUUCAUUCUUGUUGCCAGGGCCCCUGGGCCUUAUCCUGGUCUCCUACGGCUACAUUGCUGCUACAGUGCUAAGGAUCCACUCAGCUGAGGGAAGACGCAAGGCUUUCAGCACCUGCACCUCCCACCUCACCGUGGUCUCACUCUUCUAUAGCACGGCCAUUUACAUGUACCUGCAACCCCCAUCCCACCACUCCCAGAACCAGGGCAAAAUGUUCUCCCUCUUCUAUGGCAUCAUCACCCCAAUGCUGAACCCUUUGAUCUACACACUGAGGAACAAGGAUGUGCAUGGGGCCCUUAGGAGAACUCUAGGAAAGUUGUUCUGGAUGCAGAUUACAUAG